AUGCUUGUUGGCACUCGCGAUGCCUUGCAAGGGCCAAUCACAGUAGUGACCUCCUCGUUUUUACGCUUCUUCGGGUCUAAUCUUCUUUUCCCUUUUGGGUAUACAACUUCCUGUGAGGAAGCAGGCAUCCCUUAUCCUUCUUGUGGGGAGUUCUUUAUCUGCUCUGCUGCACCAAAAGAAACCUACAAAGCACGGCUGGUGAUUUUGCUUGAGCAGGAGAUCAAGAUGGCCAGAUUCUGCAGAUUGUGGGACGUCUUAUGGUCAAGCUGCUUCGCGAUUUUGUCGUGCAUUUUUGUUUUAGUUGGUGCAUUUGUUGGAAUGAUCACGGGGGCCAUUGUCGGAGAGACAAAGGAAAUUGGAUUCUUUGACGGAGCUGCUGUCGGUGCAUUUAGCGGUGUAAUCCUAUCAAUGGAAGUGCUUGAGUCAAUGGUCUAUGGAAGACUACUUUCCCUGGAAGCUAUCAUUUUCAGCAUGUUAAACGGGAGAGUUUUGACGGAAUGGGUCACGCCAGCGAUAGAAACUGCACUUCAGCAGCAGGUUGAUGGAGUUGACACAAGUCCUGAGGUGGCCUUCAACAUCUUCAGUUCAGGUAGCACAAUGGGAUUAUUGCAGGAUUCGAUCCAGAAGCUGCAACUGUUCGAUAUCUCAUAUAAACAGAAGCACGAUGUUUACGUGCAUCAAACAUCUUGUGCUAUCUGUCUGCAGGCAGUAUUUAUUUCAUUAGCAAGGAUGUUUGAGUUACUGAAUUUUUUCAAUGUGUUCAGUGUCACUGGCCUAGCUGAAAUACCAGAGAUACUGUAA